UGUGGUCUUUAACAUUUAUGAACAUAUAGCACAUUUUAAAAUAAAAGGUCUAAAUUUAGGCUUCGCUGUAAAACUUACAAAUGUAUUUUAUUGCCUUGAAAAACAUACGAAGGUUGAAACGUUGUGCAUUUUCAGUUUCAAAUGUAUAUUUAACUGAGCUUCGCUGUCUAUAAUAUUUUUUUCGGCCACAUAUUUUCUCCAGAAUAAACACAAAGUUAAGUUUCUAUUACAAUAACGUUCUGUAAACGCAAUCAUGAACUAAACACAUCUCCACCUAAAGGCUGAGACGAGAAACUACACACACAAAACAAAACGUUACGUUUUAACACUUUAAUCGAUCUGCAGGGAGAGAAAAAACGCAUCUUAUUAAAUAUAAAAAAACCAUAUUUGAUAUAAUCUGACACGAUUUUGUAAGAACGUUGCAAGAAGCAGACAAAAUAGUCACAAAGUGCGAAGAACCCUAAAAUAUCGAGGACAGCGAAGUAGAUCUAACGCGAGCUUCUUAAAGCGCGAGCUGAAAGGAAGCGAGGCGUUGUGUGCGGCGUGACAUCACGCGCGUCCCGACAGCCGAGGCCCCCGGAGGUUUGCUCUUAUUCUGUGGAGCCUUCGGUUCCGCGCGGAGCCCGAGCGCCAUGACACGCGUUUCCGCUUAAAAACGCGCUUUCACGAGGGACACGACGGCGUCUGCGGUUCUAAAGAAAAAUGCCUCUAAGAAAAAUGCCUUAUGGGAAACACCGUCGUUCGAUUACAUUCCAGAACUAGAGGACCAACACGAAGCUGCAUUUUCUAUGAUAACGUUUUGUACCCAACCUGCUGGCGCGGACUUCUUUCGCAUCGCAAACCUGCCGUCCUCGUCUCCCGAAUCGUUUCUGCGACCGUCCCGCGAGGCGACUGCCUAUCAUGAGAUUCCGAAUUUACAAGCGUAAGGUGGUAAUACUGACUCUAGUGGUGGUCAUCUGCGGGUUCGCCGUCUGGAAUAGCGGGAAACCCAAGAAGGCGAGCGCCGCCGCGUUUCCCAAAGAGACGGAAGCAGGCAAACGGAGCAGCGUUGGCGGUCAACUCCAAGUACAGGUCACGAUCCCGGUAACCCGUAAGCCCGUCAACGAAACGCUUCCGGAAAAACAGCAAUUACAAAUCCAGGCAGCUGCCAAAUCCGAAGUGGACAACGCAACUCUGGUGUACCGAGGAAUCGUCUUUCAGCUCAACUUCGACCAGACCCUAAGAAACGAGGAGAAAUUUCGCUCCCUGCGGCUGAAGGACGACUUGGUCGUCGUCGUCCAAGUUCACAACCGCCCCGAAUACCUGCGCCUGCUGGUGGACAGCUUGAGGAAAUCGAAAGGAAUCGAGAACGUCUUGCUGAUAUUCAGCCACGACUUCUGGUCGCCGGAAAUCAACCGGAUCGUGGCGUCCGUCGACUUCUGCUUGGUCCUUCAGAUAUUCUUCCCUUUCAGCAUCCAGCUCUACCCUCAAGAGUUCCCCGGGAACGACCCCAGGGACUGCCCUCGAGACAUUCCCAAGAAAGAUGCCUUAACCCUGGGCUGCUUAAACGCGGAGUACCCGGACUCCUUCGGACACUACCGGGAAGCCAAGUUCUCGCAGACCAAACACCAUUGGUGGUGGAAGCUGCACUUCGUUUGGGAUCGAGUCCGAGUCUUGAAGGAGCACCGAGGACUCUUAUUGCUCAUCGAGGAGGACCACUACCUCGCCCCCGAUUUCUACCAUCUCCUCAAACUCAUGGCCUCCCUCAAGAAAGAGCAGUGUCCCGACUGCGACAUCUUAUCCCUAGGGAGCUACGGACACGUCGGCUACUCCAGCAAAGCCAACAAAGUGGAGGUGAAGGCGUGGAAGUCCACCGAGCAUAACAUGGGAAUGGCGCUGAACCGAGACACCUACCAAAAACUCCUCAGAUGCACCGAUGCCUUCUGCACCUACGACGACUAUAACUGGGACUGGUCGUUGCAGCACCUUACCGUGACCUGUUUGCCCGCGUUCCUGAAGGUCAUGGUCAGCGAGGCGCCCCGCGUCUUCCACGCCGGCGACUGUGGCAUGCACCACAAGAAGUCGGCUUGCAUGCCGUCCAGCCAGAAGACGAAAAUUGAGAAUGUUCUCCAGAGCAGCGGGAACCAGUUGUUUCCCAAACAGCUGCUCAUUACAAAGAGACUCCCAGCUUCCGGAGCCAAGGGAGUGGCUCCUCACGUCAAAAACGGAGGCUGGGGAGACAUCAGGGACCAUGAACUCUGCAAGAGCUACAGCCGAUUGCAGUGACUUUGUAUUGUUUUUGUUGUUUGUUUGUUUGUUGUUGUUUUUUUGCAUCCUCUAAUGAAAGCCUUUAAAAGUUCUUAACGGACUAUUUCUUCCUAUUGCCUGUUUUAUUGAGAUAUUCCAAAUAAAAAAAGUAUGUGACGUUUGGAUUUGGUGGUUAUGAGCAUCAUUGAAGUAUUAUCACUGUUGUCAUAUUAUCUAUUAUUAAACAGCAUUUUUGUGCCA